AACUAAUAUAUAAAAAAAGAGGAAGUAAGGUCCGAUUCCGAAGGAAAGAGCGUAAAAACGAAGCACAGAAGCAGGGUGUGGAACACAGAGGUGGUGGAGUGAGCGGGAGCGUGAGAGUGAGAGUGAUAGGUGGUUGCAAUGGCGGAGACUGCUGCAACGCAACCGAGCCGGUCUAGGGACCUCGACAAGCUCCUCCUUCGCCCCGGAAACCUAGUCGGCCCGAGGUUCGAACCAAGCGCCCAGCUCAGAGACGACGUCCAAAACCACGCCCGCGUCCUCGUCGUCGGCGCCGGCGGCUUGGGCUGCGAGCUCCUCAAGGACUUGGCCCUCUCCGGCUUCCAUAACCUCGACGUCAUCGACAUGGAUCGCAUCGAAGUCACCAACCUCAAUCGCCAGUUCUUGUUCAGGGUUGAAGAUGUUGGGAAACCGAAGGCUGAGGUAGCUGCGAAGCGCGUUAUGGAGAGGAUCAGUGGCGUCAACAUCGUCCCUCAUUUUUGCAGGAUCGAGGACAAAGACAUCGAUUUCUAUAACGAAUUCAUGAUUAUUGCUCUUGGUCUUGACUCCGUUGAAGCUCGCAGCUACAUCAACAACGUUGCUUGUAGUUUCCUAGAAUAUGAUUCUGAUGACAAUCCACUGGAAGAAACAAUCAAACCCAUGGUAGAUGGUGGUACUGAAGGUUUCAAGGGCCACGCUAGGGUUAUCUUGCCUGGGGUUACACCUUGCUUUGAGUGUACAAUUUGGCUUUUCCCACCUCAAGUGAAGUUUCCUUUGUGCACUUUGGCAGAAACCCCCAGAACUGCUGCCCAUUGUAUUGAAUAUGCACACUUGAUUAAAUGGAACGAGGCUCAUGGUGGGACCGCUUUUGAUCCUGAUAACCCUCAGCAUAUGAAGUGGGUUUACGAUGAGGCUGCUAAGAGGGCUGAGCUUUUUGGCAUUCCAGGAGUUACUUAUUCUUUUACCCAGGGUGUUGUGAAGAACAUUAUACCUGCAAUAGCUUCCACGAAUGCAAUUAUAUCAGCUGCGUGCACUCUUGAAACAUUGAAGAUUGCAACAGAGUGCAGCAAAACUAUGUCAAACUAUCUAACGUAUAAUGGAUCUGAAGGCCUCCAUACCAAAGUAGCGGAAUUUGAGAGGGACAAAGACUGCCUUGUCUGUGGUCCAGGUGUACUUAUUGAAGUGGACACUUCAGUCACAUUACAAAAGUUUAUGAAUCUUCUGGAGGAGCAUCCUAAAUUGCAAUUAACAAAAGCAAGCAUCACACACCGAGGUAAGAAUCUGUACAUGCAAGCUCCCCCUGUAUUGGAAGAGAUGACGCGAUCAAACCUGUGUUUGCCUCUUUUCGAACUUAUGGGUAAACUUUCCAAGGAUGUUAUACAUGUGAAUGGUAUGACAAACAAGAACAACCAAAAAGUCUCCUGUCUGAGAAAAUUACGAGUCACUUUCAAGGGAGUUGAUGGGGUUACUGAUAUGGAUACAGCUGGUGGAGCAUAAUUUUGGAAAUCCAAACGUACUUCACUGCUUGAAAUUUUCAAGGUUUGACAAGCAUAGUGACGUUAUCAGUCCUUAAGAUCUCAACAAAUUGCCAAUAUUGGUAAGGCAAGGUUGAUAGUUUCUACCCUGUAAAACUUAUUUAUAGAAAUUUGAUGAUAUGUUUUUUUAUUGUUGCCCACAUGGCCAUGAUCUUUGUCUAUUCAAUAUUAGCAUAUUCUUAGCU